GAUUAUUCUCAGCCACAUUUUACCACAGGAAUUUGCUGGGGUUUUGGCGUUCCUUCCUCUUUUAUAUAGGAGUAGUAGUCGACAGGUCCCAUCUCGAGUUUUCAUCCUGAUUUGAUGGGAUUUUCGGCAUUUCUCGCGAUUUUUUUGCACUUGUUGAGUUGGUACUAGUACAAAAGUAGGAGUACUACUACUAGCUAGUAGCUGCCGCUGCAUGCAUCUGCGGAGUUUAGUUGGGACGUCGUGGUUGCGAAUUAGGAUGGUGUUACUGUCAGGUUUCGUUGGCCUGAUGUUGCUGAGUGGCAGAUGUGUUAUUUGUCUCUAGUUUGAUUGAUUUUGAUCGCACAGAGCCAUUGCUUGAGCACAAAAGCGACUAGCUAGGCAGGUUGUUAGAGGCAGAAGAAGUAGGUACAAGUAAACGAUACAAAUGGGGUGAUCUUCUUUUCUGAAGAACUUUCAUGUCACUUGCAUACUGUUACCGUCAAAUUUGGCCAUCUGUUUCAGUUUUCAUUGAUCCAACUUUCAUUAAGCAACGGAGUAUAGAGAACCGGAGUGAUUUGUUUUCUUGAUAUUGGGGAAUUUUCUGAACCCCAUGUACCAAACUGGGCAUGCAUAUGCAAACACCCAAAACCUCGUGCUUCAAAAAGAGGAAUAAAUGAUAUCUAACAUCAUAAACAAUGUUGCUGCUGAUUAUCUUGAAGACAUGAUCAAUUUCGGAGGAGUACUCUGUGCAGUUACCCUUGUGGUGUUGCUCCCCUUCUUAGAGGCUGCAGAUGGAAAAUCUACUGAUCCUUCAGAAGUCAGUGCACUUAUGGCUAUCAAGGGAAGCUUAGUUGAUCCUAUGAACAACCUCAAGAAUUGGAAUAGGGGAGAUCCAUGCACAAAAAAUUGGACAGGGGUCUUCUGCCAUGAUUUGGGUGAUACAUAUCUUCAUGUAACAGAACUGCAACUGUUUAGGAGGAACCUCUCUGGAAAUUUGGUACCAGAGGUCAGUCUUUUAUCUCAGCUGAAAAUAUUGGAUUUUAUGUGGAACAAUUUAACAGGCAACAUCCCAAAAGAGAUAGGCAAUAUCACUACGCUCAAACUUAUAUUAUUAAAUGGAAAUCAGCUCUCUGGUCUUUUACCAGAUGAGAUUGGCAACCUUCAAAGCUUAACAAGGUUACAGGUUGACCAAAACCAUCUAUCCGGCGCAAUACCUAAAUCAUUUGCCAACUUAAGAAGUGUGAAGCAUCUUCACAUGAAUAAUAAUUCAUUAAGUGGGCAAAUCCCGUCCGAAUUGUCCAGACUGAAUACACUUUUGCACCUCCUUGUUGAUAACAACAAUUUGUCUGGGCCUCUUCCUCCAGAACUAGCUGCGGCAAAAAGCUUGAAAAUACUUCAGGCUGACAAUAAUAACUUCAGCGGGAGUUCCAUCCCUACUCUGUAUUACAACAUGUCCGGACUAUUUAAACUGAGUCUUCGAAACUGCAGUUUGCAGGGUGCUAUUCCUGAUCUGAGUGCCAUACCUCAACUGGACUAUUUGGAUCUUAGCUGGAACCAGCUGACAGGAUCUAUCCCAACUAAUAAGCUUGCUUCAAAUAUCACUACAAUUGAUUUGUCACAUAACAUGCUUAAUGGAACUAUUCCAUCGAACUUUUCAGGGCUUCCUUAUCUUCAGCUAUUGUCACUUAAAAAUAAUCUUUUAGAUGGUUCUGUUCCCUCGGAAAUUUGGGCUGGCGUCAACCCUAACAGAAACGGAAGCCUUGUACUGGACUUCCAAAAUAAUUCUCUCAAUAUGCUUCCAGCUGAAAUUAGUCCUCCUCCACCAAAUGUUACUGUCGUGUUAUAUGGAAAUCCUAUAUGUGAGAAUUCUAGUGAAACUCUGAUAAUCAACCUUUGCCGCCUCCAGUCAAUAAACCUGGAAAAAUCUAAACAGGAAACAAGCACUGCCAUGGUUUGUGGAGCUUGCCCGACAGAAAAAAAUUAUGAGUACAAUCCUUCAUUCUCGGACCAAUGUUUUUGUGCGGUGCCACUUGGAGUUGGACUUCGGUUGAAGAGUCCAGGAGUCACAGACUUUCAUCCAUACGAAAAUGCUUUCAAGAUUGACCUAACUUCUUUGUUGCAGUUGUUUCCUUACCAGCUAUAUAUUGAGAACUACAUAUGGGAAGUUGGUCCAAGGCUAAAUAUGCACCUAAAGUUAUUUCCAAGCAAUACAAGUUUGUUCAACAUGUCUGAGGUUGUCCGACUCAGACACGUACUUGCUGGAUGGGAAAUUACACUUUUAGAUGUAUUUGGUCCAUAUGAGCUUCUCAAUUUCACACUUGGUUCCUAUGAAGAUGAAUAUCCAAAUCUAGCUUCAUCAGGUUUAAGCAAAGCUGCACUGGGUGGUAUCUUGGCAAGCACAAUAGCUAGUGCUAUUGCACUUUCUGCAGUAGUUACUGCUCUUAUAAUGAGAAGGAAUUCAAGAACUAAUAGAAUUUCAAGACGUUCAUUGUCGAGAUUUUCUGUCAAAAUUGAUGGGGUCAGAUGCUUCACAUAUGAAGAAAUGGCUUCUGCUACAAAUAAUUUUGAUAUGUCAGCUCAAGUUGGUCAAGGAGGUUAUGGAAUAGUCUAUAAAGGAAUUCUAGCUGAUGGAACAAUUGUUGCAAUCAAAAGGGCACACGAGGAUUCUCUUCAAGGUUCAACAGAGUUUUGCACAGAAAUAGAGCUGUUGUCUAGAUUGCAUCAUCGCAAUCUGGUUGCGUUGGUUGGUUACUGUGAUGAAGAAAAUGAACAGAUGCUAGUUUAUGAAUUCAUGCCGAAUGGCACUUUACGUGAUCAUCUUUCUGGAAAGUCCAAACCACCUCUCGGUUUUGGUUUGAGGCUGCACAUUGCAUUGGGUGCUUCAAAGGGAAUUCUGUAUCUCCACACCGAUGCAGAUCCUCCUAUAUUUCACCGUGAUGUUAAGGCCAGCAAUAUUUUGUUGGAUUCUAAAUAUGUCGCCAAGGUAGCUGACUUCGGUCUUUCGAGGCUUGCUCCAGUACCAGAUGUUGAAGGGGCUUUACCAGCUCAUGUCUCCACCGUUGUUAAGGGCACCCCUGGGUAUCUUGAUCCAGAAUACUUCCUAACUCAUAAAUUGACGGAUAAAAGUGAUGUGUACAGCCUUGGGGUUGUUUUUCUUGAAUUGUUGACCGGGAUGAAGCCUAUUGAGCAUGGUAAAAACAUAGUGAGAGAGGUAAAAAAAGCUUACCGAUCAGGCAAUAUAUCUGAAAUCAUGGAUACCCGGAUGGGCUUGUGUUCUCCAGAGUGUGUGGAUAGCUUCCUCCAACUUGCAAUGAAGUGCUCUCGGGAUGAGACUGACGCUCGGCCAUCCAUGACAGAGAUUGUUAGAGAACUUGAGCUCAUCUUGAAGAUAAUGCCAGAGGGUGAUCUUAUCCAGCUGGAAACUCCACAGACAUACUCAGGACGUGCUAUGAGCAAGGACCCUAUGAGUAAAUCUACAUCAAAUUCAACAAAUGGGAAUUACUUGGCCUCAUCUCAAACUUUUACUAGUGUUGAUGCAAGUAGUAGCGGCGUGCUUUCUGGGAUGGUGAGUCCUCGGUAAUGUUAUGGUAGUUCUAAACAUGCAGCAAUACUCUGUAAUAUUAUGGACUUCACACUUUCAUUUGUCAAUGAACCAGCCAGCCUUGCUGGAAAAUGCAAUACAUGAUAGUAACAAUUGAUAAUGCAAGAAAAAUGUAAAUGUUCGUCGA